AUGCUUAAACAACGAAAUAUAUAUCAACAUGUUCAUUUAAUCCGACAUAAAUCACAUGCCGACGAAAUAAUCAAAGCUCAAAACAUUGUGAUGACAAUUGGACUUGUAUGGAGUGGACACCAACAACAACAAAGGCAGCAGAAAAAAAAGGGAAAAGGUUUAUGUCACUCUUGGCUCGGUAAUAUCUCAGAAAAAGUGUGA